UGCACGAUAGAUGUCAUAACAAAGAAUUCUAUCGUUCACCGGUAUUUGCAUAACAUUAUUGGUAGAUCGCUGUUGGUCGGGGAAGUUUAAUUGAGAUCGGCCCUAAAAAUGCCCACAUACGAGCUCUCGUUAAUUCUUCGCCAGAUGCCCAGGCCGGAAAUUGUGACCGUGUUGAAACGCACAGCUGAAGCAAUUUUUGAAAAGGGUGGUUUCAUACGUAAACUGGACAAUUUAGGCACACGACCUCUUCCUUUUAAAACUAGCAGUCACGGGUUGGUUCACCGGACCGGGUCGUAUUUUGUGUUUAAAUUCGAUACGCCACCAUCCACCGUCGAUGACCUGGAAGAGGAGUAUGGUCGAGACGUGGACAUUAUACGAAAACGAAUUUACAAAGCCGAUGCUACCGUACAGGAAAACGUAACAUGUACACUGCACGAUGAAAUGCUCCCUCCAGCGUAUAGGAAUGAUGUGCAGAAAAUGAUUUCUGCGGCGAACAAGUACAAGAAGAAAGGCUUCCAAUAUAAUUCUGGUUUUGAUUAUUAUCCGUUCCAAAAAUAGAGUAGAAAUAUGUUUGUUAUUUGUUAUCUCAAUCGGAAUAAAUGAAAACCUUAGUAAAAUA